AUGGCCAAAACAUAUGAUUUCCUCUUCAAACUAUUACUUAUAGGAGAUUCAGGAGUUGGCAAGACCUGCGUACUGUUCCGAUUUUCCGAAGAUGCGUUCAAUUCGACAUUUAUCUCUACCAUAGGUUGGUGCAUCGAAGAGAAACCGUUGAAGAAUUCUUCGGGUGUACUGUGUUUUGCUUUGGAAUUUAGAGGGUUCAGUGUGACUUCAGAAUAUUGAAGGAAUUCUUUUGUGGUUUUCAGGCAUUGAUUUUAAGAUAAGGACGAUAGAGUUGGAUGGGAAGAAGAUAAAACUUCAAAUAUGGUGAGAGAAGAAUCACAGUGCACAUGAUAGUUAAAAGCAAGCUACUUGUACUCAGUCAUCUUCUCCGUUUUAGGUUUAGUGAGAGAGGCAUUGCUCUUUUCCUUAACUAGGCUCCUACGCGUUUAAGUGUCUAAUCGACCUUAUAACUAUAGCGUGUGUCUUAUUACAUGCUGUGGUGUGCAUAAGCUGGUACUAUAAAUCCUUAUUUAUGCUUUGCGUGCUUGACCCAGCACUUUCCUGGUGAUAAGAUAACCUGAAAAAAUAUUCCCUUCCUUUUGCUAUCUAAGAAGUACUAUACACCACUGUUUGUAACAUGAGGUGUAAUUUUGAUAAAAUGCAAUUUGAGUGCAUAGGGUUUUUAAAAACUUCUUCAAAAAUUUUUUUGUCUUUGAGGCAAUUGAUAAUUAGAAGCUACAAGCUUUCCUAAAUGUCAGUGGUGUACCCAAAUUACAUUGUAACAUCACUAAAUGCUUUUUUUAUCUAAUGAGUGAUGACAGAGGGCAGUAGACCAGCAUCAAUAAGGCGGUAACAGUCAGGGCUUUCAUUUUUAUAAAAAGUAGCAGGAGGAAAUUGAAUUCUACCUGACUCAGUAAUGUGCCGUGGAGCGGCGUCGUGUGGCAAAGGCGCAGGUGGGGGAGGGUACGGGAGAGGGUGUCCCCCUCCUGUUAGGGGGGGGGGGUGUCCGGGAGGGCCUCCCCCAGAAAAUUUUGAAAAUUUGAACGUCCAAUGAUGUAUUCUGGUGCAUUUUCAGGGCUCAAAACGUGAUUUUUAGCAGGUCAAAAUCAACGUCAUUAUAACAAAGUUUCAUCAAAAAAUUCCAUUGAUUUUUUUUCUUCAACUUUCUUCAAACAUUUACAUUUUAUUUUGUUUAAGCCAUGACAGAUAGUAUUAGCGUAGUGUUUCACUGUUUAAAUUAAUGAUCUGAAAUUUUGGCUCAAAAGUACCCGACACGAACACGGCAAGUAGCCGGCACAUGGCGUCGGGCGUCGGCAAGUUUUGAAAACCCUGAACAAUACAUUGCACUAUCAAUUAAUUGCGAUAUUAAUGCUGCGAUCGCGUAGUGAACUAUUGAUAGUUUCAUUAAUUUUAUUCUUCUAACAUAAUUUUUAACUUCUUUGGAAAAUAAGGACACCCUUUUUUUACCCACCUUUGAUACCUAAGGUCACAAUAACGAUAAACAAGAAAUUAAAAACAAUCUACGGUCCUACUGCACCUAUAUAUAGUGAACCCUGUCUAUAAUGUUUUAGCCUCUUGAUUCUUGAACCGCGUAGUACCUGUAUUGACUGACCACCUCUUCUUAGUUAUUUCUUAAAGUAUAAGGCAUUUUGUAAAAACAGAUAUUCCUGAAAACUGUCGCAAUGCCAUUGCUAUAGUACCUCCUCUAUCACAAUACUAUCGCAAUAUCCAUGUGGCCUAUUGCAAUAGUUAAAAUUUCUGCAAUAGUCUCCUUAAUCAAGUUGAUCUUAUUUAAUUGCUACUUUUGUCAUGUGUUUGGUUGUUAGGGACACAGCUGGCCAGGAAAGGUUUCGUACCAUCACCACCGCUUACUACCGUGGGGCUAUGGUAAUUAAGAUUGCUAGAUUAAUUUUGGAAUACCUGGCUACUUAUUAAAUAAUCCCUCAAUGCCUUUUAGAACAAAGCAUGUCAUUACAGAAGUUGCCACUCAUAUUUUAUGAUUUAGAAAUAAGUGGCUCAGUAUUCUAUAUUCUUGUUGGGAGAGAUAACAGUCAUUUCAAUACAAAGCUAUUUUGAUACAAGUUGAAAUGACCAAUUUUGCUGGAAGAGCCAAAAGUUGGUGUGCAGUCAAACCGCUGCCUUUCCUCUUCAGGAUUUUUAUGGGUUUUGACACGUGUUGCUCUGACUCUAGGGAUUUCCAUGAUAAGAGACAGAUACAGUAGAACCCCGGUAACUGGAACUCUGAAGGGAAACAUUAAAUAUUUCGAGUUAUUAAGGUAGAUUUAGGUGAAAUUGUGAUCAAGGAAAAGGAAAUUUAGUGUGAGUUAGCGGGGAAUUCGAGUUAUCCGAGUUUUGAGUUAUUGAGGUUCUUCUGUGCUUAAAAGUAUUGAAAGAAAACUGCAUUACUUCCAAUUGCCACCAAAAUUUGCAGUUUUAGCAGUUUCUCUCACUUCACACGCUUUGGUGAAGACAGCCACAUGUUCUUUAAAUACAUGUACAAUGACAUACUUCUCAGGUCAGCCUCUAUGUUCGAAACCUUGUUUAUACAACUUACCCAAAGAGCAACCAAAGUUUGUUAUUGUGAAAGUUUGGUAAUUAGAGUACUAAAUAAGCAUGAGAUACCUACAAUGCACUUGAGCACCAGGGCCCAGAUUUUUCAAAAGGUGGAUAGCACUAUCCUCCUGCAGUGAAUAACUAUUAGGAAAACUAAUAAUUACUUUACUCACAGGAUAGAGAUUUGGUUAUCCACCUUUUGAACUACUAGGGCCAGGAGCAGGUUGCAGGAGAUGUUCUUCAGAUAAGAUGGCUCUUAAGUGUUGUUGUGGAUUACAGUUCUUGUAAUCUUAAGAUGCUUCAUGCAACCUAGCUCAAGGCUAUUAAACUGGUGGAGCAUCAUCUCCCUCCGGAAAGCUGAUUUAUUUUUAUUUCUCUUUCAACUAAUUUUAUGUUCAUUCUUUUCCCGCUUGCUUUUAUUUUUGUCUCAUUUUUGAUAAUAAGUUAAAUAGCAGAUACUUUCAGUGAUCCAUCUAGAAACCAACUGAAAUGUGUCCUGGGACUUGAGGAAUGUGAGUCCCUGGCUCAUGUUUAAGAACCCUUUACCCUUGUUUAGUUAGAAGUCAAAUAUUGAGCUUUUACUUAAUCUGUUAAUCUCCCUCAUAAACCAAAAUUGUACUGAGAGGCAAAAAAAGACAAACACGUCGGUUUGUAUUACAGUUAAAGUAUAUAAGCUUUGAAGUAAUGUGAUAUUUACUAAAAUGUUGUUUACCCAUAUUUUUGUUUCGUUGUAGGGCAUCAUGCUUGUAUAUGACAUCACAAAUGACAAGUCCUUUGAGAAUAUCAAAAACUGGAUCAGAAAUAUUGAGGAGGUAAGUAUGCGAAAAUGCACAGUAAUGGCUUUCCAUUAAGUGGGUGAAACUCACAGUUAUUGAACAGGUUACUAAUGGCUUACUUACCCAUUCAAACAGGGCUAUAGAUUGGCUGAACGGGUUAUUAAGUUUUCCAAAUGGUGAACACAAACAGGCAAAUGGCUUACUCCCCUGUUUGAACAGGUCCAUUGAGUGGCUGAACAGGUUAUUAAGUAUUCUAAACGGAACACAAAUAGAAAAUGGUUGGCAUAAACCAGUUGGUUAAUGGGUUUACCAGUGAUUUCAAACUACUGAUAAAAAACAAAAGUGCCAUGUCAUCAUUCCAAACACAUAGAAGACAAAUCUGGUCUGAUCCAGGUUGUGUUGGCAACUGUUCUUAUGAAUAAACAAAACAAGGAAGCAGUUAAAACAGUGAAAAUCGGGAAGACCAAUAAUAAGUUUGUUUGUUCGGGUGUCCUGAUCUUUGUAGUGAUUAUUAGCCAGUACUCAUUCAGCAUUCCUUAAACACUUCAGGUGUUUAAGGUUUUCAGAAUUUGACAGUAACACUCUGUCAGACAGAUCGCAGAAAAAGAAAUUGUUAAUGACUUUUUAUUGUACUACAACUAAACAAAAGAAGAGCAUACAUGUAUUUUUUAGCAGAGAAAAAAAAUCAUGAAUACACAUUAUUUUAUAGAUACUGUAUAAUUGAAAUAAAGUGUAAAAAGUGAAAAUGGGUUCACUUCCUUUGCCAAGCCAAUUCAUUGAAUGAAUGUAGCACAUAUUCUCUAAGUGUAAGAAAAGCAAUCGGAAGUUGGAACUUGGUUAAUUGCUAUUCUUUAAGCUGUACCACCUUGAAAAGCUAACAACUGAGUGCAAAUUCUUUACAUUUCUCUUUUUUCUUUAGAAAAAAAAAACAGAAUAAAAAGUAAAAAAAAAAAAUUCACAUAAAUUAUUAUUCGUGGAACUGUAUAUAACAAAUUUGUACAUUUAUUUAGCAUGCAUCAUCUGAUGUUGAGAAAAUGGUGUUGGGAAAUAAGUGUGACAUGGAGGAUCGUAGAUUAGUGUCUAAAGAAAGAGGAACACAGUUGGCUACAGAAUAUGGAAUAAAAUUCAUGGAGACCAGUGCUAAAGCUAGCAUUAACGUGGAGGAGGUAUGGACUGUCUUGUAAAGGCUUUGAUUUGAUUUAUUGGACUUGGAGACAGCAGUGCUACAGUCUUCUUGUAUUGUUAUCAACCAUUCAGACACUCACAGUGCAAUUUGGGGAGCUCAAGUCACUUACGACAUGACUCCAUAAAAAAGGGAACUUUGACUUUGACAUGAUCAAAUGAUACUCAUUAGCUAAAUCUUGGACAGAAUAAAAUUGAAAAGCAUCCCCCACACACUGGAAAUGAAAAAAUGGAACUCUGAAAUUGUAUGAAGGCCAACUCAGUGUGUCAUUUCUCAUCCUUGAUUUUAAGGAGCAAGGCCGGGUGUUAAUUUUUUGUCAAUUUUGCCAAAUCGAACAACUACAUUAGUACUAAAUCGUAAUGGUUGGUCAAAACAUGCUCUGUUAGCUACACAUCAAGGGUUUUAUUUAGAACCAGCAGAAGGUUUUGCUUUAUUUAUUCCUUUUUAGAUAAUUAUUAGUUAUUAAUCUUUCCAUUAACCAUUACUAACUGUAGAAUUUUCUUAAUUUUAUUACACAGGCCUUUUUCACACUUGCGAGAGAUAUAAAACUUAAAAUGGACAAGAAACUUGUAAGUCUGUAGCAAGAUGGCUUUGCGUGAAUUUGUCUUAAGAACAACACAUUCAUUUGCCUUAUUUUUCUUCUUCAGGAACAAUCCAGUCCUCAAGCUACAUCAACAAUCCAUGUUACACAACAACCUAAGCAAUCCAGAGGGUUUUUCCGCUGUACAAUAUUGUAGAGUGUUUAAAUUUCUAAAAGCAAGGAUAUUCCUUUAUGAGGAAUUGAUUGCAACAUAUGUAGUGGCCAGGUGGCUUUCUCCUCUGUAUGAGUCAAGUUUUGGGUUAUAAGACUAUCUUUUUUGGUUAAAAGAUGGAUGCUUAUUAGAGUCACAUUAUUCUGGCUAGUGCAUGAUAUCAUCAGCAAGGAUGUUCCUCAGAAUGUUCAUAAAAGUGGCCCUUAGGGACCCUUUUAUAUCAUUGCUUUCCAGUCACAAGUCCAUCCAUACACAUUGUAGCCUGCUCCAAUUUCUGUAUCCUCUAAUCAUAGAUGAUCAGAAAAUCAGAAAAUUGACACUUACAAAAGACUCUUCUCUUUGAUAAUAUUUUUCUGUAUUUCCCUUACCACCUUUACUUCUCAUACAUUUGAGAUAAUUUUGUUCAUGUUUUACACAUGCCCCACAUUUUUUGGAUGAGUUGAUCAUAGGUUAAAGCUAUUAAAAUAAUGUGUUAUUGUGGCUGAGUAACGUUGAAGUGGCCUAGAUUAGUCCAAAGUAAUUAUAGUCUUCAUUUUUUCAUCAAUUAUUGGGUGGACCAUGAGAAUCAAGGCCUUUACUGAUUCAAUCAAAUAAAUUUUAUACACUUUGGUGAAGAUUGGGGAAAUUAAAAAAUGAUAGAACACGGAGAAAAUUUAACAAGUCCAUCUUAACUUGACUCAUUUACAGCAGAAUCCUGCUCUCUCUUAAUUUCAAACACAGUUGGUCUCACAUUGCAAUGAUUUGUCUAAGGGACUAUUCACUGACACAGGAACAUUUCCUCCUGUGUGACAACAUUGAAAUGUGGUUGCAGCACUGGAUAUCAUAAAUUGCAACUGGUUUGAUUUAGGCUGAGACCAAGGUUAGUCAUGGAGACAUGGAAAAGUAAGGCCUUAAAAGUUCCUAAUCCGAUGCGAAAUUUUCUCUUUGAUUGACAAAGAUAAUAGUACAAGUAUAAUGCAAAAUGGAAGGAGCAUCUUAGAGUUUUAAUUUGUCUUUUUGCUAAAGCAAAAGUGGAUAUGUAAGAGAAGCAUAAUUGUUUGGUACACAUACAGUGUAGGGGGUUUGUCCCAGUGAUUUUUUUCUGCAACACAUUGCCCGUUGUCUAUCAAACUCAAGGUAAUGUGAGGAAAUUGAGGUACACAGCACGCGAGUUUGAGAUAGCAGAGUUUCUUGGAAACCUUAUGAUAGUUAAUUCUACUUGUAUCAAAAAAAGUUCAGUUUGGUGUAGCACCCAUGGAAUGCCAUUGCUGUGGAUUGUAAGAAGCCUCUCUUGCAGACAUUUUUUGGCUUAGUCCAUCAAUGAGAAAAUUAAUUUUUAGUUUCAUGAUGAGCCCAAACAACCUCAUUCCUACAUUUAAGGUCCUCUCCUACCUGUCCCAGUGGGUAGGAGAGGGCCGUAGGAAUGAGCUCUUGGAGCCCAAAAUCUGUUUGCACAGUGAGGGGGCUAGAUUUUGAGUGUUAAAAUUAUUAUAAUAUUGUGGGAUUUCAAACCCACCUGAGAGAGAUUGUACAGUAGUCAUACAUGUAGAAGGGUAGGAUUUAUUCAGUAGACUAGUUUAUGGGAAGGAACUGUACUUGUAUGAUUUGGGAAGUUUAUCUUCUGUGUGUCAGACCAGUCCCAGAGGUCUAGUGAUCUUGUCUUUUAGGUAUUGUAGUGAAAACAUGGCUUUUGUUUGGCUCUUUUUGUUAAGAACUGAGUAGACCUUAGUCUUCUUCGCAGCCAUUCUCUGUGUCAUUAUGCAAUUUGUGCGUAGGAGAGUUGUGUAGGAACGCAAAAAUAGCUGCAAAGGAGACUAAGUGGACCUAUCCAGGAUUAAGGAUCGUUUUACUUUGUAUAAAAGCAUACAGUACCCUUUAGCAUUUGAAGUAACCUUAAAUAAAGAUUUUUAUAGUUAAUUUUACUUGGUGAGCAGUUCAUUUAUUUAUGUUAAUCAAAACAAACAAAAUAGAACAU